AUGUCAAAAGAAGAAACAAAACAGUUUUUAACUAGCCCCCCAAGAAGAAUAGGAAAAAGCAGAUCAUCAUCUAUUGGACAUCUUAAUAUUUGCCAUAAUGGACCUAAUAUUGGAACUUUAACUGUCUCCAUAGAAUCUAGUAUUGUCAACCAUGAUUUUCCAGAGACAAGUAAGGAUAUCGAUGUAUUGAAAAAAUUAUUUUUAAGCUUUGGAAAAAUGAUUAAUAGGCACAGCUGGAUUACCCCAAUGCUUUUUUUAAUCAUUGUUUAUAGCACAUAUUUAUCCUCAGGGAAUUUCACUGAAACAAAUUUUCUACAUAUGUUUGUUGCUGUUUCUUAUCAAAUUCCAGGUACUAAUAUGUAUGCGAAAGGGAUUAAAGAUUUGUGUUUUGUUUUCUAUUAUAUAAUUUUCUUCGCCUUUUUCAGAGAGUUUUGCAUGGACAUGUUACUAAGACCAUUGGCUUAUAAAUUAGGUGUUCACCAAGAGUCCAAAGUUAAAAGAAUGAUGGAACAAUGCUACUCUUUAAUCUAUUAUGGUAUUUCAGGCCCAUUUGGUUUGUACAUUAUGUACAACUCUGAUUUAUGGCUAUUUUCAAUCAAGACGAUGCAUAAGACAUAUCCAGACUUGAAUAAUGAAUAUUUGUUCAAAAUUUUCUACUUGGGGCAGGCAGCCUUUUGGGGCCAUCAGGCAUGUGUCUUGUCUUUUCAACUGGAAAAACCAAGAAAGGAUUUUAAAGAAUUAGUCUUCCAUCAUGUUAUUACAUUAUUAUUAAUUUGGACUUCAUAUGUCUUCCAUUUUAGUAAGAUGGGUUUGGCUAUCUACAUUACCAUGGAUGUUUCUGAUUUUUUUCUAUCCUUGUCAAAAGUCAUGAAUUAUUUAGGUUCUGUUUAUACUCCGGUUUUUUAUAUCAUCUUUGUGGUUUCCUGGAUUUAUUUACGUCACGUGGUUAAUUUGAAAAUUUUAUGGGGUGUUUUAACCAAGUUUCGUACCGUUGGAAAUUAUAAUCUAAAUUUUGCUACUCAACAAUAUAAAUGUUGGAUUUCUUUGCCCAUUGUUUUCAGUUUAAUCUUUGCUUUACAGGCUGUUAAUUCCUACUGGUUAUUCUUGAUCUUUAGAAUUUUGUAUCAUUACAUUUUCGAUGGUUUUCUAGAGGAUGAGAGAAGUGACGAUGAAUGUGAGGAAGUUUCUGAAAUAGAUAACACAAAUAAAGGGAAGAGUGUUAAAACAAGUUAG